AUGGCACCCCAUCUGAGCCAUGAUGAGUUCUUCUCAUCUCUCGCAAACCUGCUCACGAAGACAUCCGACAAGGCUCGAGGCUCCGUUUUUUUGAGCCAAAAACCAGUUCCCAACACCGACGCAGAUGCGCCUCCCUCUGUUGUGGUUCGCGCAACCGAUGGAAAUACCGGAGCGCCGAACCCGAAAUCUUCUGGGCAAGCAGGCAAGGUCGCAAAGAACACCUCCUCGAAAGUCAAGUUCUCCACCAUCGUCUCCCACAAUGAGCUUGAGGCUUUUUACGCCCGCUACGCCGAUGUUUGCAAGACGGGCAUGACGGGCUUGAAGAAGCGAGAUCGCAAGCGCAAGGCCAAGGCUAAGGGCGGAGCUGCGAAGGCCAAGGCAUAG